GGCGUCAGAAUCCAAUUUUUGAGGUUAUGAAACUGGGCUUAGUGGUCAUUGGAACAUUUGCACUUGUCUGGCAGCCUUAUCUAUAUUCUCUGGAAGCAGUGAUGGAGGUUCUUUCUCGAUUAUCUCCAUUUGAGAGAGGAAAAUAUGAAGAUUAUGUUGCCAACUUUUGGUGUAGCACCUCAAUUUUUAUUAAGUGGAAGAGACUGUUCCCAAUACAGUCAAUGAAGUUUCUUAGUUUAAUUGCUACUGUCUCAGCAUUCCUGCCCUCAUUUAUUCGGCAAGUAAAGGCUCCAAGUGAUCGUGGUUUCCUAUAUGCUUUGCUUAAUAGUUCAUUUUCCUUCUACCUGUUCUCUUACCAAG